AGAGAGCUAUGUACCGACUCGCUCACACUUGCGAGAUUCACCGGCGCGAAUUUUCGCAAAUUCACCGUCAACAAGGAGGGCGUUACUUGCCGUACCUACGCGCACACACAUGCAGAGCCAGUCACCAAUCGAACGAGAGCGAAUCUCUUUCGGAGGAGACGUUGGCGUUACAGUGUACACGGCUGCAGAGCCGCCGCAGUCACGGAUUGUAAAUAUCAACAUCGUCGCGACGACCAGCUCUGUCGAGGCUCGCACGACAGCUUGCAGUAUAUAUAAGCACUUUCUAACCUCGACGCGGAUGACUCUCCGAGCGCUCGGAUCCUCAGCGAAAUAUACGAGUGGACAAUGAUAUAGUGAUCACGUAAGCUAAAAAAGAUGUCAAACAACAGUGUUCCACAUGCCUCGUAUGGCUUAGAUCCACAAGGAAGACUUGUUCGCAUAGAAGCUGGUACUUCAAAUCCUAGUAUUAGUCGUCUAUCCAGCCUUGAAGAAACGCUUAGGAGGUUAAGUUCAAAUUUUAGACAAGAUGAUUUACAUGAUUUUGAUCGAGAUGAAAUCAGGACCAUGUCUGAUUUGACAGAUCCUGAACUCACCUCUGAUAUGACAGAUGGAGCAUCAUCUCCUAACCAGACAACAGCAAGCAUUCCACAAUUAAGUUCUGACGAUGACAAAAGGUAUUGUUGGGUAUGUUUUGCAACGGACGAAGACGAUGCUACAGCUCCAUGGGUUAAACCAUGUCACUGUCGCGGUACAGCUAAAUGGGUUCAUCAACGCUGCAUUCAACGCUGGGUAGAUGAAAAACAAAAAGGUCGUGCAGGUACCCACGUUGCAUGUCCCCAAUGCAACACAGAAUAUAUCAUUGUAUAUCCUAAUAUGGGUCCAUUAGUGGUGAUAUUGGAUACGAUUGACGGACUUAUCUUUAAAGUUUGCCCGCUUAUAGCGGCAGGAAUUGUGGUUGGCUGUGUUUAUUGGACAGCUGUAACAUACGGUGCGGUGACAGUAAUGCAAGUAAUCGGCCAUAAAGACGGACUCUCGAUGAUGGAACAGGCGGAUCCGUUGGUGCUGCUUGUAGGCCUUCCAACGAUUCCCAUUAUGCUUGUCCUGGGGAAAAUGCUGGACUGGGAGGAUCAAGCUCUUAGUCUGUUUAGACGACACGCCUGUAAAGUUCCGCUUUUAAAACGCUUUUUAAAAUGCCGUUGUUCUGAAGAUGAUGUAGCGAGAUCUCAAGAAGUUCCCCCAAUGACUGAUCCAGUUUCAGCAACUAGAGUUCUUUGUGGAGCUCUGUUACUGCCUACUAUUGCAACUAUUUGUGGAAGAAUAUUUUUUUAUAGUAUAAAUUCCAACUUUCAAAGAACUUUACUAGGUGGAGUAGCAUUCAUUACGAUUAAGGGAGCCUUUAAGAUUUAUCAUAAGCAACAACAAUACAUAAGACAACGCCAAAGGCGCAUUAUGGAUUAUACAGACACCAACAUAGCAUUGUACAGAAGACAAAGGAGUUCAGAAGAUAAUCAGACUAAUUAAUUAUAUUAAAAAAUAUCAGUAAAAUAAUUUAAAAAAUAUACAACCUGUACAAACUUCCUAGCACGAAAAAUAAAUAUACUUUUGACUAAUUUUAUUUAGGAACGGUUGAAGUUCAGUUGUUAUUAAAAUAUUUUUUUAAAUAAUGUUGUAAUAAAUUCCAAGGAAACUUUUUUUAUUACUCAGAAGCUUCAAUAUGCGUCUCUAUAUAAAAUAGAAAAUGUUCCAAAAGCAUUGCAGUGUUUGUCAUAUACGACGUGUAAAAAAUAACUGAAAUGAAAAUAAAAAGAAUAACACUUUUAUGUUCACUAA